CAAACAAUACAAACCUCAUCCAGCAGGUACCUAGGCGGGAGCCUUUGAGAGACCUUAAGAGCCUGGCUUUGUCUGUUUCACUUUUCAUAACAUCACCAGGAUCUCACCAGCUUUCAUCGUUGAGUCACCGACGUCCGAUAAAGCCUACCCCGAACUACAUAAUCAGCCAGAGCCGCCCUGCCUCUCGUCCUCUCCGACCAAGCCCUUCGAUAUCACUGGCAUACACAUUGAGAAUGGCCGACGUCGAAAUGAAAGAAGCCUCAUCCUCCAAGGUGAAGGCUGGUUCCAAGACCGAAGGAGCCAAUGAUGGCAAGAAGAAAUUUGAAGUAAAGAAGUGGAAUGCUGUUGCGUUAUGGGCGUGGGAUAUUGUCGUCGACAACUGCGCCAUUUGUCGUAACCACAUUAUGGAUCUAUGCAUCGAGUGUCAAGCAAACCAAGGUUCAUCUACAACGGAGGAGUGCACAGUAGCCUGGGGAAUAUGCAAUCAUGCAUUCCACUUCCACUGCAUCUCUCGCUGGCUAAAGACUCGUCAAGUGUGUCCUCUUGACAACAAAGAUUGGGAAUUUCAAAAAUAUGGCCGGUAAAUGCAUAUUUUUGUUAACGGGAGAUGAGGCAAGCUGCUGUGCAGCUAAUGCGUUUUGGUGGGCGUUUACGGUCAUCGCUUUUUUAGCUUCGUUUCAAUCACCUUUACUUUUUCGGCCCACAAUGCAUUAAACACGUAGACGUCAAAAAAUGCGAUGCCGUUCCAUUCCAUAUCUAAAAUGAAGACCACGACACAUGUCACGCCACUUUGACCCCAUCUACCGUAACGCCUGCUCUGCCAGCAAAUGGAAUAAGCCACUUUUCAGGGUGUUUGUUGUAAAUGGGCCAUGGAGGAAUAACAAUGAGCGCAGUUAGGAGUGUACCAGCCAACCCGGCCCAGAGUGACAGGUGAAUGUCUUGGAAGAUGUAUCCGACUAAGGAAGCGACCACCUUGAAAAACAUCAAUCGCUGUCAGUAAGGCACGUAGCACCAGGAAGCAAAAAGAAAGAUAU